AUGCCUCCGAAAUCGACGCGCGCUAAGCCUGUGGCUGAUGCUCCGGCUGGCGGUGGUGACCCUGCGAGCAAAACGUCACCAGGCAAGGGCAAAGAAGUCAUUGGUAACCUUCCGUCUGAAGCGGAAGUGACGGCUGGCAUUUCUGGUCUUACCAUUGAAGAAAAGCUGAAGGCGCUGGCGACAGUUUCUUCGGAUGACUCUUUCAUUGAAGAUGACUCCGACGAGGAGCUCAAGAUUGACACGGCUAAGAGCUCUUACCCACAUUUGCGCUUCACGGCGAUUUUGCUUUUCCCGGUCAUCCCUUCUCGUGAGGUUGCUUCGGUGAUCCUGACCGAAGACGUGGCCUACCUUCGCAAGAAGGCCUCGAGCCCGCAGCUGCUGGAAGUUUAUUUCAAGAAUGUCCCUGCUGACAUCCCGCCGGAGCUGGUUAAGGAAGUCAUGGUGCUGCACCCGCUCAGGAUUUGGAAGCAGUCUGCGUUCGCCGAGGGUCACUGCUUCCAUCGCGUCCUUCACCCAGUCACUGGUGCUGACACUGACAAGAUUAAGGGGCUGGUGGUUCAGCACGCCGGCGACAGGCACCGCUGGCGCCAUGAGUUUCGCCAUCAGCUGCUGGCUGCCUCUCUCCGCGCUUCCCCGCUCACCACCCCGCUGCUGCUGGAUGCGGCUUUUGUGCUGAUCUCCACGGGGAGCAACCGGGAGGAAUGGCUGUGUACCCUCGAGUGCUGCGGGAAGGCUCAUGGCAAGUCCUUCAUGGCAGCGGCAGAUCACGUCACAUCGGCGAGCCAUCUCCUGGGCCUGGAGAAGUUGGGUGCAGCCAUCCGCAGCUCCCUGGAGAGGCUCGGUCGGCACGUUAUCCGCAAGGAGUACCAGAUCUGA